AUGGCUCGCAAAGUGCUAUCGAUCCAAUCUCAUGUAGUACAUGGCUACGUCGGCAACAAGGCAGCAACUUUCCCGUUGCAAUAUCGUGGGUGGGACGUCGAUGCUUUAAACACUGUUCAAUUCUCAAAUCACCCGGGGUAUGGUCACUUCAAUGGAUUUCGUUCCAACGCCAACGACUUGCGAGAGAUAGUCGAGAAAGGGCUUUUGUCCGGUCUAGAACUCAAGUACGACGCUUUACUUACUGGCUAUAUGCCAGAUGUGCAAGCGCUGCGGGAAAUUGGCAGUCUGCUCUCGGAUCUGUGCGAAUCUGACCGUGACAUCAAAUGGGUUCUCGACCCCGUUCUGGGCGACAACGGAAAGCUCUACGUUUCCCCAGAGGCAGUACCAGCGUAUCAGGAAAUUCUCAAGCGUGGAGCUGUUUUCUUGGCCACGCCAAACCAAUUUGAAAUGGAAACGUUAACCAAUGUGAAAAUUUGCGAUCUCGAGAGUCUCAAACAUUCGGUCACACGCUUCCAUGAGCUUUACCCGAAGGUCCCAUACGUCGUAGUUACCAGCGUCGCGUCUGGUAUUCUCGGCCCUAAUGACAUGGUAUGUGCCUGCAGUGAACGGUCGAACUCUAAUCUCGCUUAUUACUUUAAAGUGCCCACAAUCGACGCCCAGUUCAGUGGCAGCGGGGACCUUUGCAGCGCACUACUUCUUGACGUUUUUCUACGGCAGUCAGAAAGUGCUAGGGAUCUUCCAAAGGCCGUCAAUGAGGUUCUUUCACUGGUUGACAGCAUUUUAUUGAAGACUCUGAAAAUUCAUAAAGAACAAAUGACGUCGGAGGACACUCUCAAGAUCAAUGACUUGAAGUUAAUAGAGUGUCGCGACCUGCUCGGCGAUGAAACUACACUCAAAUACAUACCAACACAACUAUAG